UCAUAACAAAAAAGAAGGCGAAAACAUUCCUCGUUAUUUUACCAUAUAUUAGCACUUCUCUACUGAAAUACAUACUAUGAGUGGUAGAGAUCUCAAGAAAUUUGUGAAUUAUCAUCGAACUGCAAUUGGUGCUUCAGACAAUACCCUAGUAACAAGACUUGCAGAUGGCCACGCAAGCAAACAAUAUAAACCUAUUGAUUAUAGUAAACUACAAGCUCUUACUCAAGUCAAAAGAGCUGCAGGAGACAGAGCUUUACAAAAAAUUGAAAAGAUAAGUGAAGCAAGAAAAAUCUCCAAGGAACAAAACUUGAUGCAGCAACACAAAUCAUGCUGGUUUAAGGAGCAAAUUAGACUUAAUUCCAUGAUGAAGAAGCUUCAAACUGAAAUUGAUGGCUUAAGACCUGGCAGCCCAUUGAAUCAUACCAGUCUUAAAGAAUUCUUUCACGAUUUGGAAAUUUAUGAAGGGAUAUUGGAUGAAGAGAUGAAUGAGUUUAAGAAAUGCACUGUUGAUCCAAUAUGGGACCUUAGAGAAGAUUUACAGUUUUGGCUGGGUGAAAACAGAGAAAGACUUCUGAUGGGUGAUGUUCACAAAGAGCAUUCAGAUGUUUUAGAAGUUGUUUCUUCAGUAAAAUCACAACAGAAGUCUGUGAUUGAUAAACUCAAGCUUGAGCAGAAUCAUCUUGAGGAAGAGCUUGAAGGAUUUUCUUCCCAUCAAAUGAUUGUAAUACCAUCUCUAGCAGAAGUGAACACUUUUAAGACUGGGAUCCCUUUGGAAGCUCAAGAGCUUGAUUGCCCUGAUGAGGCACUGAAAGAGUCAGUUCUGGAGGAAUUUAAUCUUUUAGAUAGAAAAUAUGAAGCUCACUUAGAGUACUUAAAUGUCAAAUACGAUGAUGUUGUCUGCUGUCCAUAUGGCAACUGGUCUAAACAGGAUCACUUUCAUUUCGCUUGUUUAAUGGAACAGUACCCUGCUGAAAUGCCUAACAGACGAACUCUGUAUAUUGACAGAAUGUUGAGGGAGCUACCACACAAAGGAAGAAACCAAUURGUUGAGCAUGAGAACUGGUGUCUCUUACACAAGUCAUAUCAAAACCAGCGACAUAGUGUUUUACAAGCAUGGUCUAGAGAUCGUAAAGAUCUUCUUGCUAAAAUAGAAGCCAUUUUCUCUGAUGCAUGGGAUGCUCAUGAAGAACACUUACAAAAGAAACUUGUCAAGCAACAGCAAGAAAAAAUAUGCCAUGAAUUGUAUGCUAAGGUUCUUGCAUUCAGAGAACAAAAGCUAGAGGCUCUUCAGCUACAGGCUGCGAUCACUGCAAGACAGGCUGAAAAAGAGAAAGAGCAGCUAAAAGCAGCUCAGUUAAAGGAAAAACAUCGCAGAGAAAAAAUCAAAGAAAAAGUCAAAGUUUUUGAAGAGCAAAAAGUCAAAGAAAGAGAAGAAGCUGCUACGAGGGAGAAACUUAGACUCGAGGAGCUGGAAGCAAGAAUGGCAGAACAAGCACUGUUGGAUAGAGAAAGAGUUGAAUUCAGAAAGGAAAAGCAAAAAGAAAAAGAGGAAUUGAAAAAGCAAACAGCAGUAGAAGUACUACAGGCGGAGCAAGAAAAAGAAAGACGGCUUGCCAAACUUAGAGAACAGGUGGAAGUUCAUGUAGAUAUCGACCCUGAACGAGUUUUUAAGCCGACACAGGCGACACAAGCCAGAUUUGCAAGUGCGUAUGACGAAGAAUUAGAGUUGCAGCAACCUUUAUUUACUGUACAUGGAUAUAAGGACAAAAAGGUAGCAAGUGAUCCUAGAUUAAGAGUUGAACAAGCUCUUCGGGAUGCUGGCCUUCAUCAGACUGAAUACGCCAGAAAAGUCAUGGCUACAAUUCAACCACCACAGCAGCCGAGAAAAGACCAACAUUCUACAAUUUUUAAAUAUGACUAAAAGGCCUUUGCAUCGCACAUAGCAUUAUGACAGAAUAGUUAAUAAUGUCAGAUACACAUGCAACAUAUACUUAUUUAAUAGCAGAUAUAUUUAUAUUUUUAGUGGAAUUCUCAUCAUAAUUUGUGCAAUAAAUGAUGUAAAUACUCGA